UGUAUGAGAUCAGCAUGAGGGGGUGGUGAAAUCAAUUGAAUCCUUGAAAUAAUAAUGUUUAUUAAGGUUAUGGAUCUUACGGGCAGUGAAAAGGGGGGGAAAAAUGUUUUUAUGGACUCAUCACAUGUCCUACCCAACCCAUCUGGGGAAUCUUGGAGAAACCCUGCGAUUUGUGAUGUCAUGCGUCUGUAUCUGGCGAUUCAUAUAUACUAGCUGUUGAUCCCCUUCGGCUUUUCGUUGUCAGGCACCAGAGAGCACAGGCACCACAGCCAAAUUCAAAAACUCCUCCUCACGCAAUCUAAUCAAAGAAGCUUCGUGGUAACGCCCUUCUGCAUCGGCGCAUCUCUCUCUCUCUCUCUCUCUCUCUGCUCCCUGCGGCAGCGCUUUUCUUUUUCCAUCGUUGAAGCGCUUUAUUUUGUUUUUAUCUAGGUGGGAAUUGGUAGUUUCUGGCUUAAUAAUUCCCUUUUUGUUUACUCCGAUUCUGAUUGCGUUCUAAUUUGGGGGGUUUCUGUUUCAUCGCCUGUGUUUCUUUCUUUUGUUUUGUUUCGUUUUUUUGGUGAUUUAGAAGGUUUUCUCAUCUGGGUCAGAGCUGAAUCGUGGUUUUUGGCUAUGAGGAAGAGGGAAAGAGAGAACCCUUGUGGAGUUUGUGGCCACUAUCACAAAUACGAAGAAGGGGAAGUUUGUGGGAUAUGUGGUCAUCGUGUACCCGCUACAUCGGAGAAAACUUCCUUGCAAGUUAGUGCGUUUCCUUCAGAGAUCUUGCCGGAGUUUCUCUAUUUGGGAAGUUAUGACAACGCUUCACGGUCUGAACUUUUGAAGACUCAAGGAAUUUCUCGCGUUCUUAACACUGUGCCUGCUUGUCAAAAUCUCUACAAGAACUCCUUCACUUAUCACUGCCUCCAAUACGACAAGACGUUACCAUUUGAUGAUGCUGUUGAAUUUCUAGAUCAAUGUGAACGAGACAAGGCUCGUGUUUUGGUGCACUGCAUGUCGGGAAAAAACAGGUCUCCAGCUAUUGUGAUUGCGUUCCUGAUGAAAUGCAAAGGAUGGAGACUUGCUCAGAGUUACCAGUGGGUGAAAGAGCGGAGGCCAUCCGUUGACUUAACUGAGCCUAUCUAUCAGCAGCUGCAAGAGUAUGAGCAGAAGGUUUUUGGAUCAGCAGAAAACGCCCUCCCAACCUUACCAAUCUUCCCUCCUGUUGGUCUGCCUUCUUUUAGCUUCGGCUUCCCAAAGACCUGCGACCCAGUUCCCACAACUCCAUUCAACACCAUUGGUGCGACAUCUAUCUUCUCCGCCCCCAACAUAGACUUACCUUCCCAUGAGUUCACGUUCGGCGCUGGCCAGACUCAAACCAGUUUCUCCGCAAGCCCCUUCGGCGCAAAUCCAAGAAACUCAACCAGCAGCAACAUCCAAAUGGACAGUGCUUAAAACUCACUAGUCGCCAUCUUAGUAGUUUUUUAAAAAAAAAAAAAAAAAAAAAAAAAAAAGGUUUGUCAGGUGUGAUGAGUCUUACUGAAUUUGAGGGGUGAGAGGUGGGAAACUUUAGUUUGUAUGAUUAAUGGGUGUGGUUUUUUUUUUCUUUACAUUACUCUUUAGGGGUGUGUACCUCAUCAAGUCCAGUCAAAUAUUGUUCAAACUUGACUCAUCACUAAUGUUAUACAAUCUCAUAAAUAUCAUAUCAUAUCACCAUUUACUUUCU